AAAACCUUCUAAACACUCUAUAUAUAUUCCUUCAACUAACAGCAACAUUAUAUUACUAUUCAGUCUUCCUGUUCGUUAGACGAAAGGAGAGAUGGAGCUUACACAACAGAGUCUCUUAGAUGGCUUAAUGGCUUCAAGGAGAGACAGUUGGACCACAUUUCCUAACGAUCUGAAUGGGGUUUUCCCUAAUUGCUGGACCCUGGAACCUAAUCUUGAUUACACACCAGAGUUGGCAGCCGCAAAUCCUUCAAUUUCGGGACUCGUUUCACAAGAAGAAUUGUGUAAUCUGUAUCCCUUUGGUGAAUUCCAGCCAUUUGUUGAUGCAUUCAACUCGUCGGAGUUCAGUUCAUUUGAUAAUAAGAAUGAUAUAAUGGCGAUGCCAGUUCUUGAAGAGUACUGCACAAGAAAUGUGGAAAAUGAACAAGUUGGAUUUCCAGCAGAUAUGACCAAUAUUUCUAACGUAAGUUUGUUUGCCGGAGGAAAGAGCAAGGUUAAGAAAGCUAAUGGACAACCCUCCAAGAAUCUGAUGGCCGAAAGAAGGCGAAGGAAGCGACUAAACGAUCGCCUUUCCUUGCUCCGGUCAAUUGUUCCCAAGAUAAGCAAGAUGGAUAGAACAUCAAUACUUGGAGACACAAUAGAUUACGUGAAGGAGCUCCUUGAUAAAAUUCACAAGAUGCAGGAGAAGGACAUGGAUUUAAAUACGAGCCAGAUGAAGUUAACAAGAAAUUUGAAGGAGCUAAAUCCAAACGAAACACUAGUGAAGAAUCCCCCUAAAUUUGAUGUAGAAAGGAGAAACCAGGAUACCCAGAUUGAGGUACGUUGUACAGGGAAGCCAGGAUUAUUGUCAUCAACCCUUAGCACCCUUGAUGCACUGGGCUUUGAUAUUCAACAGUGUGUAAUCAGCUGUUUCAAUGAUUUUUCACUUCAAGCUUCCUGUUACGAGACUGUUGAAAACCAAGCAAUUAUGAGCACCGAAGAUGUAGAACAAGCAUUAUUCAGGAAUGCAGGUUAUGGUGGAAGAUGCCUAUAGAAAAUAGGGAUGGAAAAUAAAUUAACAUAGCUAGGCUAGAAUUGGUAGGAGCCUAGAGUAACUCAUGUUAUGUCUUAUCUUCUUUUGGAAAUUAUCAUGCUUUAAUAAUCUCAUAUCCUUCUGAGGGUUAUUAUUCUAU